AUGUGUCACGGUUAUAACAUUGAUGUAAAUGAGACAACAGAGUUAAUACAUCAUAUAUAUAACAGCACAAUGACAGAUCAUUUAGAAGAGAUUAUAAACCUGAUUGUAUCAGAAGACCAAAACCAAAUUUAUAAAGGGUAUCAAUCUUUGAUUGAAUAUCUCAAAACACAUACCGUCGAGGAUAAACAAAUAGUAUAUAAUAUAUUUGAAUACAUUGUAUUUCAUUUAGAUUACAAUGUUUUAGUUGAAAAUCUUAAUAAUAUAAAUAAUAAUAAUAAUAAUAAUAGUAAUACAUCAACUAAUAGUAAUAAUAAUAAUAAUGACUCAAUGGUAGUGAUAAUUGAAGAUGAUUUAUAUACAAUGACAACAUCAUUGAAUUUUGAAUUAAUUGUUAAAGUGUUGGAAGCUUGGAGUUGUUCAUUGGACUAUUUGGAAGGUUCACAAGAGGAUAUAGGAUUGUUGGAACGUGCCAUAAAGUCCGUUGUCACUAGAUACAUUGGUAACAAGAAUCCAAUGUUGUCUGAAGCAGUAGAUACCAUUGUACAGGGAUUGAUCAAAACAUCGUAUGCUAGUGAUGUGGUGUUGGAUGGGUUGUCUCAAUCAAUUGUCGAUUGUGAUUGGAAAAAGAGAUGGCAUUCAUUGGUACUCCUUUCAAUGGCCGUUACAACAUCUAGUAUUCGUCUCUCGGAAAAGAUUAUUUCUCAACGUGCUGAAAUGGUUCGUGAUAUCGUGUCACUUGUAAACGACCCAAAUAGACGUGUUGGAGAACAGAGUCUUCAAUUGUUAGAGUUACUGUAUACAGAGGAUGGAUCAGAUGAAUUCAUUCACCAAUUCAUCCUCAAUGACAUUACAUUGGAUAAUCAAGUAAAACAAUCAAUCUUUGAAAGAUUAGGAAUUCAAGUUAAAUUUGUUGAUGAAGAUGGUCAUGACAUUGAACAACAACCACAUCUCCAACAACACCAACAAUCAGAUCAAUAUGAAUCACAAAAUAAUAAUAGUUUUAAUAAUAAUAAUAAUAAUAAUAAUAAUAUGUUCCUCAACAAUCAUUCCUAUGAUCAUAGUUAUAACUAUAAUAAUCGAUCAGUUGAAUCUGUCACAUCUGCAUUUUCAUCCUCUUCCACUUUUUCAACUCAUUCAUCAUUUGAUUCUGGUAUUAAAACUAGUAGUAAACCAAUUAAACAACAACAACAACAACAACAACAAAUGGAUCCAUUUGGUUUAACUUUAAUGAAUAAUGGUAUUAAUGAAAGAGAAUUUGAAAGAAGAACAAUGGAUAUUAUUGAUAAAUUAUCAAGUUCAAGUGUAGAUUGGGAUAUUAAAGUUAAUAAUUUAUUAAAAUUCCAAGCAUUGUUGGGAGAGGGAGUCAAGGAUUUAUCAAACUUUACAUCGCUUUUCCACAAGAUUCUCGAUCCCCUUUUGACAUUGACCAAGGAUAUUAGAUCACAACUUUUAAAGGAAGCUUGUAACACUGUGACAACGAUUGCUCAGCAACUUGGUCAUUCAUUUGAUCCAUAUGCUGAUAGAUUUAUUCAAGUUUUAUUAAAGAAUGUUAUUGUUACUAUUCAAGCAAUUGCAGAAGCAAGUGAUAAAUGUAUAAAAAAUAUUAUAGCAUCUAGUUAUUCAACAAAAAUAUUACCUAGAUUUACAGAAUCAUUGGUUGGUGGAAAGAGUGCAGUGUUGAGAACACGUUGUAGCGAAUACAUACAUUUAAUGCUUCAACAUAUUCCCAAGGAGAGUUUGGAUAGCAAGUUGGUACUGGUCGAGCCUGCCAUCAAGGCUGGUCUCGUAGACAGCAAUCCAGACGUACGUGCCACCUGUCGUCAAUCAUUCCUAUUGUAUGCAUCCAACUGGCCAACCAAAGCAAAUGAACUGUACAAACAUUUUGAUCCAAACACUAAAAAAGCAAUUGAUAAAGAAAGACAAUCAUCAUAUCAACCUCAACAACAACAACAACAACAACAAAAAGUGACAACUCCCUCUACUUUAAAAUAUAAUAAUAAUAAUGUAAAUAGUAUCAAUAAUAACCUCCACAAAAAUUCACCAAAGAAAAGAUUACAAUCAAGUCAAAAUAUCAACAGUAGCAGUAAUAAUAAUAAUAAUAAUAAUAUGAAUCCAAAAAAACAAAUGAAAACAAUGAUGGAUCAAGAAAAUGGAUAUGGUCAACUUUCAAGUUCAUCUAGAAACCAAACCAUUCCAUCACGUAGUGUUCUUUCAUCUCUACCAACCAAUAGUAAUUCACCAUCGACAACCUCUUCAUCCAUUGCAACUGCUGCCAAACUUGGAAUGUCAUCUUUAACCUUGUCCACCACAUCUAACUCAUCGUCAUGUUCAUCUAAUAGUUCAAAUUCAUCACUCACUGACAAGAGAGCUGAAUUUAUAAAUAGAAUUAUUCAAUCCAAUAAUAAUAACAGCGUUCCAACAAACAACAACGGUCAAAUGUUAUUAAAUAAUGUUUAUUCACCAAAACUUACAUCAAUUACCAAUUUACAACCAACUAGAAUACCAAUAUCAAAUCCAACCGUUACAUUGACUCCUCAACAACAUCAUAAUCAUCAUCAACAUCAACAUCAUCAACAACUGUAUACGUCCACUUCUUCAUUGUCCUCGGUUCCUACUACAAACACCACCACAACAACAUCAGCAGCUACACCAUCUCAACAAAAGGAAAUUAAAAAUUAUGUAGAAGAUUUAAUCAAAGGGAAAAGACAAGCAUCACAUCUUUUACUACCAUUAUCAAACGGUUUAUCUCCAACUGUUGCCAAGGCUCCAACCUCUAGACCAAAGUCUGUCCACUUUUCAAAUGAAUUAAGAAUUGAUGAUUUAUCUUAA